CCCCCCAGUUGCAGUGAACCAAUAGGUCGGUUUGAAUUACAGCCCAAAUUCAGAAGAAAGUAACCUGACAAAUAUGUUGAAGAUAUGCAUCGUAUUGAUCGCCUGUGCGACCAUGGUUGUUUCAAUUGAAGAGGAGCCUCACGAUCACCCUCAAUACAAGUACCAGUAUGGAGUGAAGGACGAUCACACGGGGGAUAACAAGGAGCAUUGGGAACACCGGGAUGGUGAUGUUGUACAGGGAUCCUAUUCGGUCCAUGAAUCAGAUGGCACGCACCGUCUGGUGGAGUAUAAGUCGGACAAAGUCGCUGGAUUCCAGGCCCAUGUGCAGCGAAACGGACAUGCACAGCAUCCGGCAGUGUAUGGUGAACAUGUCGAUGAGCAUGGUCAUGGUGGCGAAAGUUAUGCCAAUAUUGAUCAACACCACUAGGAUUGUGGAUAUUUAAGGAGGAGAAUUGCAGGCAGCCAUACGUAGGUCACAUUACCUUGUUGAGGACUGUGUAAUAAAGACUUGUUAGGUUAAAAUGACAA